UAGGUAUCUGUGUAUAUGCUUUGUGUGUGCCCAUACAUUUGCACGCGUACAUGUAAGCAUGUAUUAUAUGUAUAAAUAUUUCUAUAUUUAGACAUGAUGCGUCUAUAAUGUGUUUUUGUGCUUAGACUUCAGUUUCAGUAAUUACAUUUCUGUGGAUCUGAAACAGGAAGUUACACGUCCUUAACAUGAUAGUGGAGAUAGACGGUAUUCCCGGAGUCGCCGCUAGGGAUGUCGGCAGCCUUUGACUCUUUGAGUGUGUGAAACUUUGGUGUGAAAACAUGUUAUGUAAUACAUUGGUGUGGAAACGUGUUAUGUAAUACAUUGGUGUGAAAUCAAGUUACGUAAUACAUUGGAGUGAAAUCAAGUUACGUAAUACAUUGGUGUGAAAUCAAGUUACGUAAUACAUUGGUGUGAAAACCAGUUUUAAAACGCUGUGGUGUGACAUCGGGUCAGUCCGGGAUAAGAAGUGACUGCUGUUCCCGCCACGCGGAGUAGAAGGCGGCAUGGAGAACUAUUAUUCCAAAGACCUGACCCUCCUCAAGUUUAAGAAAGGCAGAGACGAGAGAGAAGACAUACAGAGAAAGACUUUCACCAAAUGGAUCAACUCACAGUUCUCCAAG